AUGACCGGGGCUGGCGGGGGCCUCCGGGCCUGGGGGAGCCUGCUGCUGCUGGGCCUGUGCAGCUGGACAGGGGCCAGGGCGGCAGCCCCCAACCCCAUCAGGAACCUGACUGUGCAGGCUCAGAACAGCAGCUCCAUCACCCUGAGCUGGAAGGCGCCUCAAGGCCCUGAGCCUGAGUACUACUGGGUCCAGUGGACUGAUGACGGUAAUACAACUGGGUCUCAAAGCACAGCAAAUACCAGCUUCACGGCGGAAGGACUUGAAGCCGGGACGUUCUACGAGUUCUCUGUGAACGCAGUAAAAAAUGGACUCAAUAGCUCCUGGGUGGCUCUCAAUGCCAGCACAGCUCCCAGCGAGGUUAUAGCCCUACAGAAGCAAAAUCAGACCAACAGCUUCAUCACCCUGAAGUGGGAGGCUCCUGCAGACCCACAGCCCCAGUUCUAUGUAUACUGGGUCCACUGGGCCAGCAGAGGACAUCUCCAGAGGAAGCAAGGUCCCCAAGGACACCAGGACAACCAGACGGGCAGGACCAAUGGGACUCGCUAUACGGUGGAGGCGCUCGUGCCCGGGACUUGGUACAGCUUCAACGUGUGGGCUGAGAGCAACCGUGUACACGGUUACAAACAGAGCCUCAAUGCGUCCACGGCCCCAGAUCCUGCCAACAUCACCUCCUGUGUCAUCACCUCCGGGGGCCACGAGGUCAUCCUGGCCUGGUCCUGCCCUCAGGGAGGCUACGAGGCCUUUGAACUGGAGGUUGGGGGGCAGCUGGGCCCCCAGAACAACUCCUCCUGCGGGGAAGCCGUGAAGGUGUCGUUACUCAGGCCGGCUCAGUCCUACUCAGCCACCGUCACGACCGUCUGGGAUGAAAUGAGGGCCCCGUCUGCCUCGGUGGUCUGCCACGUGGAGAGCGGGCGCACGGGGGUCAUCGCCGGCGCCGUGCUCAGCGUCCUCCUGUUACUCGUCCUGGUGGGCCUGCUGCUCUUCUUCCUGAAGAGGAGGCAUAGACAGAGGGAGAAGAAGCCCGCACCCAAGGAUCUGGAGAUCAGCAUCCCGCCCCAGUCACCCUCUGACCUCUCCCCUCCCUACCCUGUGUCCCUUACACUGCCCCUGCGACAAAUCUCUGCACCCACUGGAUUCCAAGUCUGGUCCCGCCUACAUGUCGAGCAUUUUGCCAUCCUCAACCUCCGUGCCUCGCAGGUGGAGAUUCCUGGAGCUGGAUGGAUGGAGGGUGAGGGGCCCACCGACGAGGAGGAGCAGCAGCAGCCAGAGAGGUUCCCAGGGGACAUCCUGGCGGAAGACUUUGCGGAGCACGUCUGGAGAAACGAGAGGGACAGCAACUAUGGCUUUGCCGAGGAGUACCAGCAACUGGCCCUGGAGGACCACGGCCAGUCCCAGAUGGUGGCCUCAGCCCCAGAGAACAGCGCCAAGAACCGCUACAGGAACGUGCUGCCCUACGACUGGUCCCGAGUGCCCCUGGGGGCCCUCCUCGGACAGCCGGGCUCUGAGUACAUCAACGCCAGCUUCAUCCCCGGUCUCUGGAGUUCCCGGGAGUUCAUUGCGGCCCAGGGCCCCCUGCCGCAGACCGUGGGCGACUUCUGGCGCCUGGUCUGGGAGCAGCAGAGCCACACCCUGGUCAUGCUGACCAACUGCGUGGAGUCCGGCCGGGUGAAGUGUGAGCAUUACUGGCCUCUGGACGCCCAGCCCUGCACCCACGGGCACCUGCAGGUGACGCUGGUGGGGGAGGAGGUGGCGGAGAACUGGGCGGUCCGGAACCUGAAGCUCCGCCAUGUACAACAGCAGAAGACUUUGCCCGUGCGUCAGUUCCACUACGUGACCUGGCCAGACCACGGCGUGCCCCACUCCCCAGACCCCUUGCUGGCCUUCUGGAGGAUGCUCCGGCAGUGGCUGGACGAGACGGUGGGGGGCGGGCCUCCGAUCGUGCACUGCAGCGCUGGCGUGGGCCGCACGGGCACCCUCAUUGCCCUGGAUGUGCUGCUGCGGCAGCUGGAGUGCCAGGGUCUCGUGGGGCCCUUUGGCUACGUGAAGAAGAUGCGGGAGAGCCGCCCGCUGAUGGUGCAGACUGAGGCCCAGUACGUCUUCCUGCACCAGUGCAUCCUCCGGUUUCUGCAACAGUCAGCCACAGUGCGGGCUCAGGAGGGGGCCACCUACGAGAACCUGCUGAUGGAGAAUGUAGCUGCUACAGAGGCCUAA